CGGAAGUAGUGAGCUUAGGCAAACACCCGGAUUUACUACAAGCGUAAGAAGAUCUUCGCUCAUUCAAAAUGGACAGUGAGGUACAGAGAGAUGGAAGGAUCCUGGAUCUCAUUGAUGAUGCCUGGAGAGAGGACAAGCUCCCGUAUGAGGAUGUCACAAUUCCUCUGAAUGAACUUCCAGAGCCUGAGCAAGAUAAUGGUGGAGCAACAGAGUCUGUCAAGGAGCAGGAAAUGAAGUGGGCUGAUCUGGCCCUACAAUAUUUACAUGAAAACAUCCCAUCUGCAGGAAGCUAACAGCUACAUACUGUACACACACAAAAACAACAUUGGAAUCAGCCCCGGCAAAAUAUAAACAACUCCUUAAGAGCAGACUCAACACGGUGAAAACUGAGAGCUAACUACAGCUGAAUACUAAACCAUAUGAAGUAUCUGGCACCAACUAACCCAUACCAAAUCUUAUGAAACUAUGAGGAAUCAGCUUAAAAUUAGACCACACAGAAACCCCCCAAAACUAUCUACUGCUCAUAUACUGAACUACAUGAUACAGUGGGAAACAGCCAGUAACUAAUCACAUGGAACUACUGGAUAAUAAUUCUAGAAUAAACAUCAAAUAGAUGCACUAAUAUGUGAAUUCUACUUUAAUAAAGAAUAAACCUUA